GUCCUCAUCUGCUGAUCAGGUAAUGGGCAGAGAGAACGAAAAUAGUGUGAAAUAAUUUGUCUAUAUAUACAGAAAAGCAGCAGUUACUUAUGCUGCACUUGUGACCUUAUAAUAGUAGUGCUCUUAAAGAGGUUAAGCUUUGUUGCAAGUAAACAAUGGAGGUAGUACGUGAACUAUACAAUAGAGCAAAACCCUUUCUUGCUGUCAUUUUUCUUCAAUUUGGGCUAGCAGGCAUGGAUAUCCUCACCAAAGUGGCCUUGAACGAAGGAAUGAGUAACUAUGUAUUUGUUGUGUACCGCCAUGCAGUUGCCACUCUGGUUAUUGCUCCUUUUGCAAUAAUUCUAGACAAGAAAGUAAGACCGAAGAUGACGCCCUCAAUAUUUGCUAAGUUGGUACUUCUUAGCAUACUGGAGCCCGUCAUUGACCAGAAUCUCUACUCUAUUGGCCUGAAAUACACAACAGCAACUUUUGCAGCUGCAAUGUGCAACAUUCUUCCUGCCAUUACUUUUAUAAUGGCCUGGAUAUUCAGGCUUGAGAAGGUGAAGCUUACAAGCAUCCGCAGCCAAGCCAAAAUAGUUGGGACUGUUGCCACAGUGGCAGGAGCCAUGAUCAUGACAUUGGUACGAGGCCCAAUAGUUGAGCUAUUUUGGACAACUGGAAAUGCCGGUCAUGAAGCUCAAAGUGGUGGGUUAAAUCUAAGCCAUGCUAUCAAAGGUUCCAUCAUGAUAACAAUUGGGUGCUUCAGUUGGGCUGCAUUCAUGAUUUUGCAGGCAAUCACACUGCGGACUUAUCCCGCUGAGCUCUCACUCACUGCUUGGAUAUGCUUGUUGGGAACAGCUGAGGGAGCUAUAGUAGCAAUGGUAAUGGAGAGAGGAAAAACUGCAGUGUGGGCCAUAAACUGGGACUCUAAGUUUCUUGCAGCUGUAUACAGUGGAAUAUUCUGUUCAGGACUCGCGUAUUACAUCCAAGGAGUAAUAAUGAAAGACAGGGGACCUGUUUUCGUCACAGCUUUCAAUCCAUUAAGCAUGGUUAUUGUAGCUAUAUUGAGUACAAUCAUUCUACGUGAACAACUGAACCUGGGAAGGGUACUAGGAGCUGUUGUGAUUGUUGUUGGCCUUUACAUUGUCCUGUGGGGUAAAAGCAAGGAUCACACAUCUUCAUCAAUCGAUGAACAAGUAAUACCAACACAGGAAAUGACACAUGAAACCAAAAUUGACAAGGAAAAUUUAAGUCAGACAGUUAUCCACAUCAAUCCAUCGAGAGGAACAACUGCUAACGAAGAUGAAAGCAUAAUAUGAUUUUCUAUUUGAGGCUUUAUCUUCCAAAUUCCAAAAGGAGGUCUGGCUAUAGAGCAGCCUCUUCAUCUUAGAAAUGAGCUCUUCUUCAGCUGCAUCUUGAAUUAGUAAUUAUUAGUUAAAGAUGGUUUAUAUAUAAAGAGGAGUUUCUUUCUGGUCUAAGGAAAAAAAAAAAGAAUCUCAAGUCGUCAACCAAAUUUCACCCAGCAUGCGGCCAAAUUUAAGCCAGUUAAACCACCAUUUUUGGGAACUUCUUUCUGCACUGUAGAAUGACUAAACUAUGUUAAGCCAAUAGGCUUUUUCUUUUGGUUUGUUUAAUAGAUAUUAAACCAUAUAUAAUAACUUAUAGUAACAGCAAUAGUCAUGCCCAGACAUGUAGAUAAGUUGGUUCUUGAACUUCAGAUCUACAAUACCGAAGUUCUAUCUGGAAAUAUUUCCUGUGUUAAAGAUCAGUGUCUAAAAAGUUUGAACCAGUCGGUCUUAACAGUUAUUCCAUUGUAUGGGUAGGACCAAUAUGGAUUAAUUGACAUUAAGCUACAUUAAAAAUACUACUCGAUCGCCCAUCACUUACCUAUCAAUGAUGGCCAUAUAGACUUCCCCAAAGAGGAAAAAAAUGGAACUGAACAAAGGGAUCUAAAGGCCUUUAGAUGGACACAUUAGUGCAUCAUAAUUAGAAGCAUAUAAUCAAUAACACCAUCGCUUGAUUACUAUGGUAUGAGAAACUUUGUGGUCUUCUUCCAUAUUCUUCCUUGUUGCUAAAGAAGGUCAAAUAAUUCUUGUUCUUGGUUCAUACUAUGCUAACCAUCUGUGCAAUGACUUGCUACAGAUUUGUUUUGCUAAACAGGACUUGGUACAAAUUAUGAGAGAGCGGGGGAUGAAUGGGAAUGUGGGACAACUCAAAUAAGUGCAACAGAGAUGUUAAGAUAAUAGAGUCUGAAACUCGCUUAAUUUAGGUUCCUCACCAAUUUUUGACCAGUUUUCGACCUUCAGGUUACUAGAGAGCCAUGAACCUAAAACUAAUAUUUCACAUGUUUAACAAAGCGAAAGCCAUUUCAUCCCUCCUAGACAUCACAGUUUGUUACUGGAAUGAGCACAUAUAUCUCCUCAAAUUAUGUAUUAAAUGUUGAGCAAGUUGAAAUGAGGAAUUAUUCAAAGUUCAGAGGCAUACACAUUGAAGAAGCUUACACCAUUUAGCAGCUACCAAAUCUCAAGUACUAACAGCUAAGCUUAGUCUCACCUUUUAUCAAUACAAAAAUGACUUGUCUAUUACUCAUCAAUAUAUGUUACAAACUUUCAUGUUUGGACGUCUAAAAAAAAAUUGACCCAUUUCUAACUAAUAACACAUACGCUAUUCACCAAACUGAAGAUUCAAAUUAAUGAACUAAUGUACUCUAAAUUUAAAGUCAUAUUAUCCCUAUAAAGCUAAAUUUUUGACUUACAAAGCAACAACUAUUACAGCUCAAACCAAACUAGUUGGGGUCAA